AUGGACAUUCUUAACAAGGUGCUCCGAGAUCCUAGUGUGUGCCAAGUACAACCGGGAGAAGUAAGUAUUGCAGGAAAGCCGGUGAUAUCUGGACAAACAGUUAAGUUUAUAGGGACGGAGACCAAGGAAUACACUCUUGAGCAAGUGUUGUUUUACUUGAUGAACAGAACAGAGAAAUACACAACAUAUAUGAGUCUGUGUAGGGAGCGUGGAAUUGGGAAGAUAUACUACACGGACCAGAAGAUUAUUAUAGAGGAGAUUGAGAACUUUAAAGAAACUACUGUCUCUGUUGAAGUAGAUGGUCCCGAAUUCAGGUAUAUUGGACAGCAGGACUAUGGAUACUUAGAAAGUGUUUGUAAGAAGGAGGGAAUGAGAGGAGGAUUUUACUAUAUGGUUGUGCCACAGUCAGUGUCAUCUCCAGUCAAUUUGUGUAACAUCAGGGUGUUUCUAGAUAAUGGGCAAUGUUUGGUGAACGUUGGUAUUAGUGAGGCGAAUAGAGUGGAGAUUAAGUUUAUGGGAUAUGAUGUAGUGGUGGUGGAUGAUGUGAAGGGGUUUACUUCUGAGGAUUGGAGGAGGGUUGUGUGUGUAUUCCUUGAUGGAUCGAAGUGGCAGAUAAACGAAUGGAGUGUUAAAGAUCUUGCAGAGAUAUUUGAUACAAUUCCUACGUUUUACCUGUCAAGGGGUAAUCAACAUGAAGGACAGUUUGUAAGGAGUUACAAUGUUCGAAAGAUUCAGGUUCGUGACGGGGCAAUAAGUAAAUCUGAUCUUGAUGUGAUACAAGAGAAGGUAAGAGGAUGUGUAUUGAACAAAUAA